AUGAGCGAUACGUAUGAAGGGGAGGGUGAAUCAGAGUACUCAUACACGAGUUCGUCUGAAUUUGGAUUAUCAUCAGAAGACGAAAGGCAAGCAAAUAUACAACCGGAAGAAGAUUACUUUCCUCCGAUCGUAGCCAUCUUUUAUUCAAUCUUUCAUCCGACAAAAGGACCAACGGUAAUCUUUCAAGUUCCAGAAGGAAGCAUUUAUUCAUCUUCUUCAAAAGAACAAUCAACACAUGCUCCUCUUUUCGACUUUAGAGAUCUGUCAGAGUACAUCGUACCGCGAGCACCUCUAUGUGGUAGAUUGAUCACAUACUCCACAACAUCACAAGAAGGACAAAGCUAUAAAGUACUCUCUCAUCCGGUCUUGCUAAUCGACCAACAGAAAUAUCCGAGAAAUAGUUUCAUAUUCAAUUUGGCAUUCGUCUUUGAUGGGAGGGCUGACGUAAGGGCAUACGAGCCGAUCGUACGUAAAUGUGCUCGUGAAUUAAAGGAUCUGGAACAGAACUCAUCCUUCCUGUCAAGGUCACAGUUUAGGAUGUACGAAUUGAUCGAACAACUAUUUGAAGAUUUGAAUUCGUACUAUGAAUCAUUCGAUCCUGCUACGACGGUACGUGAUGCGAUCAAUGUCAAAUUGUUCCCGACAUACACAAACCCAAAAGAAGUGAACGAUUGGGAUGUUCCCGUGACACUAUUGGAUCUAAGUAGAAGGAUCAGUGAUAAUUGGGAUUUAACCAUGCGAAAAGUGUUACCGUUUGUGGACGGGAUCAAUCACGUCAAAAGAAUAUCACAAUUGGCAGAUGCGGAUAUCGAGCUUACACGACAAUGCAUUGAACAUUUGUUGUAUUACAGAUGCAUCAUACUUAUCGACACAUUUCAAUUCACAAACAUGUACACCGUUCGACCAACGAUUGCCAUUCUAGCAGAAGAUGAGAUCAUCAUGAACGAAUGUGCUGCUUAUGUGACAAGACGAGGUUAUGCUUUACCUACUUGGCCCAAAUUACUGUCCUUGUAUUCCAGCUUACGGCCAAGUGUCACGCUCAACGAAUGGAUCGAAGAGAAUGAUAUUGAUUCUGUUGGAAUAGAUGUGAGGAGGUUUGUCACUUUUGGAGUAAUCAAGGGUUUCUUGCGAAGGGUUCAUCGAUAUCCU